AUGGCCUCGGAGGUGGUGUGCGGGCUCAUCUUCAGGCUGCUGCUCCCCAUCUGCCUGGCAGUAGCAUGUGCAUUCCGAUACAAUGGGUUCUCCUUUGUCUACCUUAUCUACCUCUUGCUCAUUCCUCUGUUCUCAGAACCAACAAAAGCGACAAUGCAAGGACACACGGGACGGUUAUUAAAGUCUCUGUGCUUCACCAGUCUUUCCUUCCUGUUACUGCACAUCAUUUUCCACAUCACGUUGGCUAGCCUUGAAGCUCAGCACCGUAUUGCGCCUGGCUACAACUGCUCAACGUGGGAAAAGACAUUCCGGCAGAUUGGCUUUGAAAGCUUAAAGGGAGCGGAUGCUGGCAAUGGGAUCAGAGUGUUUGUACCUGAUAUUGGGAUGUUCUUUGCUAGUCUGACCAUCUGGCUCGUCUGUAGAAACAUUGUUCAGAAACCAGUGACAGAAGAAGCAACACAAUGUAACCCGGAAUUUGAAAAUGAAGAAUUGGCUGGAAGAGAAAAAAUAGAUUCAGAAGAGGCCCUGAUCUCUGAAGAGGAUUUAGAUGAAGGAGACGGUGUUGAAGGUGACUUGGAAGAAAGCACGAGGUUAAAAAUGUUCCGCAGGCUUGCCUCUGUGGCCUCCAAGCUCAAGGAGUUUAUUGGCAACAUGAUAACCACUGCUGGAAAAGUCGUGGUGACCAUCUUACUGGGCUCCUCAGGUAUGAUGUUGCCAUCUUUGACAUCAUCUGUGUAUUUCUUUGUAUUUUUGGGGCUGUGCACCUGGUGGUCUUGGUGCCGGACAUUUGACCCAUUGCUGUUCAGUUGUCUCUGUGUUCUGCUGGCUAUUUUCACUGCUGGACACUUGAUUGGACUUUAUUUAUACCAGUUCCAAUUCUUUCAAGAAGCAGUUCCACCCAACGACUACUAUGCAAGGUUGUUCGGUAUCAAAUCAGUAAUUCAAACUGACUGUUCCAGUACUUGGAAGAUUAUAGUAAACCCGGAGCUGUCGUGGUAUCACCAUGCCAACCCCAUCCUCUUGCUGGUGAUGUACUACACGCUGGCCACUCUGAUCCGUAUCUGGCUACAAGAGCCCCUUGUGCAGGAUGAGAGGACCAAGGAAGAGGACCGAGCCCUGGCUUGUAGCCCUAUCCAAAUGAUGGCCCAGCGGAGGCGGAGCCUGUGGUAUGCAACCCAUUACCCAACCGACGAGAGAAAACUCUUGUCCAUGACCCAGGAUGACUACAAACCAUCUGAUGGCCUGCUGGUGACUGUGAAUGGCAACCCCGUGGACUACCACACCAUCCACCCCAGCCUGCCCGUGGAGAACGGCCCCGCCAAAGGUGACCUGUAUGCCACCCCCCAGUACCGGUGGGAGCCCUGUGAGGACUCUGCAGAAAAGAAAGAGGAAGAGGAGGACGAGAAAGAAGAACUUGAAGAGGAAAGGAGCCAUGAGGAAAAAAGAAGCAUUAAAGUCCAUGCCAUGGUCUCUGUGUUCCAGUUUAUUAUGAAACAAAGUUACAUCUGUGCCCUCAUUGCCAUGAUGGCUUGGAGCAUCACCUACCACAGCUGGCUGACUUUUGUGUUGUUGAUUUGGUCAUGCACUCUUUGGAUGAUCCGCAACAGAAGAAAAUAUGCCAUGAUCAGCUCUCCUUUCAUGGUUAUCUAUGGAAAUCUGUUGUUGGUAUUACAGUAUAUAUGGAGUUUUGAACUUCCUGAAAUUAAAAAGGUCCCGGGAUUUUUAGAAAAGAAAGAUCCUGGAGAACUUGCUUCAAAGAUUCUUUUCACUAUUACUUUCUGGCUACUGCUGAGGCAGCACCUCACAGAGCAAAAAGCCCUUCAAGAAAAGGAAGCUCUUUUAUCUGAAGUCAAAAUUGGAAGUCAGGAAAAUGAAGAAAAAGAUGAGGAACUUGAAGAUAUACAAGUGGAAGGAGAGCCCAGAGAGAAGGAGGAGGAAGAGGAAGCUAAGGAAGAGAAGCAAGAGAGAAAGGAGGAGGCGAGAGCGGAAGAGGAAGCAGAAGCGGAAGAUGACCAGGAUGUCAUGAAAGUGCUGGGCAAUAUGGUGGUGGCUGUGUUCAUCAAGUACUGGAUCUACGUCUGUGGAGGCAUGUUCUUCUUCGUCAGCUUCGAGGGUAAAAUCGUCAUGUACAAAAUCAUCUACAUGGUGCUCUUCCUGUUCUGUGUGGCCCUGUAUCAGGUGCACUAUGAGUGGUGGAGGAGAAUUCUGAAAUAUUUUUGGAUGUCUGUGGUUAUUUACACUAUGCUGGUGCUUAUCUUUAUAUACACAUAUCAGUUUGAAAACUUCCCCGGACUGUGGCAAAAUAUGACUGGACUGAAAAAAGAAAAGCUGGAGGACCUGGGCUUAAAGCAGUUUACUGUCGCUGAGCUGUUCACUCGCAUAUUCAUCCCAACCUCCUUUCUGCUGGUGUGCAUCUUACACCUCCACUAUUUCCAUGACCAAUUCCUGGAGCUCACAGACCUCAAGUCCAUUCCUAACAAGGAAGACAACACCAUCUACAGCCAUGCCAAAGUCAAUGGCCGCGUAUAUCUAAUAAUCAAUAGCAUCAAGAAAAAAUUACCAAUCCACCAAAAUGAACUGGCCCACCCUGAAGGCAGCCUUCCCGACCUCACCCUGUUGAACCUGACUGCCAGUUUGGAGAAGCCCGAGGGAUGCUCUGUAGAAGCCAAGAGGGGCGAGCGUGGCAAAGACAGUGAGGAGUCGGAGGAGGACGCGGAGGAGGAGGAGGAGGAGGACUCCGAGGAGGAGGAGGAAGCAUCAGAUUUAAGGAACAAAUGGCAUCUGGUGAUUGACCGCCUCACUGUGCUCUUCUUAAAAUUCCUGGAGUAUUUUCACAAAAUGCAGGUGUUCAUGUGGUGGAUUUUGGAGUUACACAUCAUCAAAAUUGUCUCAUCAUACAUUAUCUGGGUUUCUGUGAAAGAGGUGUCUCUGUUCAACUAUGUAUUUUUGAUUUCUUGGGCUUUUGCUCUGCCGUAUGCCAAGCUACGCCGUCUGGCUUCAAGUGUCUGCACUGUCUGGACGUGUGUGAUCAUCGUGUGCAAAAUGCUGUACCAACUCCAAACCAUUAAGCCUGAGAACUUUUCUGUUAACUGUUCCUUGCCAAAUGAAAAUCAAACGAACAUACCCUUUCAGGAGUUGAACAAGUCUCUACUCUACAACGCUCCUAUUGACCCAACAGUGUGGGUCGGCCUGAGGAAGUCAUCUCCUUUGCUUGUCUACCUGAGGAAUAAUCUCCUGAUGCUGGCUAUUCUGGCGUUUGAGGUUACAAUUUACCGCCAUCAGGAAUACUAUCGAGGGCGAAACAACCUUACAGCCCCUGUGUCUAAAACUAUCUUUCAUGACAUCACAAGACUACAUCUAGAUGAUGGACUUAUAAAUUGUGCCAAAUAUUUCAUAAACUACUUCUUCUACAAGUUUGGUCUGGAGACCUGUUUCCUAAUGUCAGUGAACGUAAUCGGCCAGCGAAUGGACUUCUACGCCAUGAUUCACGCCUGCUGGCUGAUCGCUGUCCUGUAUCGCCGCCGGAGGAAAGCCAUCGCUGAGGUUUGGCCCAAGUACUGCUGCUUCCUGGCGUGCGUCCUCACCUUCCAGUACUUCGUCUGCAUAGGCAUCCCGCCUGCUCCCUGCCGAGACUACCCAUGGAGGUUCAAGGGCGCCAGCUUCAACGACAACAUCAUCAAAUGGCUGUACUUCCCCGACUUCAUCGUGCGGCCCAACCCUGUGUUCCUCAUCUAUGACUUCAUGCUGCUUCUGUGUGCCUCCCUGCAACGGCAGAUUUUUGAGGAUGAAAAUAAGGCUGCAGUGCGUAUCAUGGCAGGGGACAAUGUUGAAAUUUGCAUGAACCUUGAUGCAGCCUCAUUCAGCCAGCAUAACCCUGUACCGGACUUCAUUCACUGCAGGUCUUACUUAGAUAUGUCCAAAGUGAUCAUCUUCAGCUACCUCUUCUGGUUCGUCCUUACUAUCAUCUUCAUUACCGGAACAACCAGGAUCAGCAUAUUUUGCAUGGGUUACUUGGUGGCCUGUUUCUAUUUCCUGCUCUUUGGGGGUGAUUUGCUAUUGAAACCCAUCAAGAGCAUCCUGCGCUAUUGGGACUGGCUGAUUGCAUACAACGUUUUUGUGAUUACAAUGAAAAACAUACUGUCAAUAGGAGCGUGUGGAUACAUUGGAACGCUGGUCCAAAAUAGUUGCUGGUUGAUCCAAGCUUUCAGCCUGGCCUGCACAGUCAAAGGCUAUAAGAUGCCUGACGAUGACUCGUCCUGUAAGCUCCCCAGUGGUGAAGCAGGGAUUAUUUGGGACAGCAUAUGCUUUGCCUUCCUCCUGCUGCAAAGGAGAGUUUUCAUGAGUUAUUAUUUCCUGCACGUUGUGGCUGAUAUAAAAGCUUCACAGAUCCUGGCAUCGAGAGGUGCUGAACUUUUCCAGGCCACAAUUGUAAAAGCAGUAAAGGCAAGAAUUGAGGAAGAGAAAAGGUCCAUGGAUCAGCUGAAGAGACAGAUGGAUCGCAUCAAGGCUAGGCAACAGAAAUACAAAAAGGGUAAGGAGAGGAUGCUGAGCUUGACCCAGGAGUCAGGGGAAGGCCAGGACAUCCAAAAACCCUUUGAAGAGGAUGAUGAAAGAGAAGCAGACAAACAGAAAGCCAAGGGCAAAAAAAAGCAGUGGUGGCGGCCUUGGGUUGAUCAUGCUUCCAUGGUCAGGAGUGGAGAUUAUUAUUUGUUUGAAACGGAUAGUGAAGAGGAGGAAGAAGAAGAUUUUAAAAAGGAAGAUGAAGAACUUCCACGGAGGUCAGCAUUCCAGAGAGCUAUUGGGAAGUUUGCGUCAGCCAUUUUAGCCUUGCCAAAGUCUGUCAUUAAACUUCCCAAAACUAUUCUUCAGUAUUUAAUCAGAGCUGCAAAGUUUGUUUAUCAAGCCUGGAUUACUGAUCCAAAAACAGCACUCCGGCAGAGACGCAAAGAGAAAAAAAGGUCUGCAAGAGAAGAUCAGAAACGAAAGCGAAGAGGAGCAGGGCAGGGUCCCGUGGAAUGGGAAGACCGAGAGGAUGAACCAAUCAAAAAGAAAUCUGAUGGACCAGAUAAUAUCAUCAAGAGGAUAUUUAAUAUUUUGAAAUUUACCUGGGUCCUGUUCCUGGCAACAGUGGAUAGUUUCACCACAUGGCUUAACUCCAUUUCAAGGGAGCAUAUUGAUAUAUCUACAGUUCUGAGAAUCGAAAGAUGCAUGCUGACCAGGGAAAUUAAGAAGGGCAACGUUCCGACUCGGGAGAGCAUCCACAUGUACUACCAGAACCACAUCAUGAGCCUCUCCAGAGAGUCAGGACUGGACACAAUCGACGAGCAUGCCGGAGCUGCCUCAGGUGCACAGACAGCCCACAGGAUGGAUAGCUUAGAUUCACAUGACAGUAUCUCCAGCUGCUACACUGAAGCAACCAUGCUGUUCUCAAGGCAGUCUACCCUUGAUGAUUUAGAUGGACCAGAAACUGUUCCUAAAACAAGUGAGCGCGCUCGGCCUAGGCUCCGUAAAAUGCUCAGCAUGGAUGUGUCCUCCUCAUCAGCUGACAGUGGCAGUUUAGCAUCAAGCGAGCCCACGCAGUGCACCCUGCUCUACUCGCGCCAGGGCACCGCCGACACCAUCGAGGAGGAGGAGGCGGCCGAGCAGGAGGCGGCGGCCGAGCAGGGGCCCGAGGGCGCCGAGGAGGAGCUGCCGCAGGACUCCUCCGGGGACGCGGAUGCGGACGCCGACUUGGACCUGGACGCCGAGGCGCCGCCCUCCUACAGCAAGGCGGUCAGCUUCGAGCGCCUCUCCUUCGGCUCGUCGCAGGAUGGCUCGGCCACCAAGAACCGCAUGGCCAUCAGCCCUGACGACAGCCGCGCCGACGGGCUGGAGUCGAGCAUCCUGCCCCCACUGACGCACGAGCUGACUGCCAGCGAGCUGCUGCUGAACAAGAUGUUCCACGACGACGAGCUGGAAGAGUCCGAGAAGUUCUACGUGGGCCAGCCACGCUUCCUGCUGCUGUUCUAUGCCAUGUACAACACGCUGGUGGCCCGCUCCGAGAUGGUGUGCUACUUCGUGAUUAUCCUCAACCACAUGGUCUCUGCCUCCAUGAUCACGCUCCUGCUGCCCAUCCUCAUCUUCCUCUGGGCCAUGCUGUCCGUCCCCAGGCCCAGCCGGCGGUUCUGGAUGAUGGCCAUUGUCUACACGGAGGUGACAAUUGUCGUCAAGUAUUUCUUCCAGUUUGGGUUCUUUCCCUGGAAUAAGAACGUGGAGCUAAACAAAGAUAAGCCUUACCACCCGCCAAACAUCAUAGGAGUGGAAAAGAAGGAAGGUUAUGUUCUUUACGAUCUCAUUCAACUCCUGGCUCUGUUCUUUCAUCGAUCAAUUUUGAAGUGCCAUGGCUUAUGGGAUGAAGAUGACAUUAUUGAAAGUGGCACAGACAAGGAAGAAUCUGAUGACGAGCUCUCUCUCACCCCUGGCAGAAGAGACUCCUCCGACUCUCUGAAGUCCAUCAACCUGGCCGCCUCAGCAGAGUCUGUGCAUGUGACCUUUCCCGAGCAGCAGAUGGCUGUCCGGAGGAAACGCUCUGGGAGCAGCUCCCAGAUAUCCCACAGAUCCAGCUUUUCCUCAAAUAGGUCCAAAAGAGGCAGUACAAGCACCCGAAACAGCAGUCAAAAAGGAAGUGUUUUGAGCAUUAAGCAAAAAAGCAAAAGGGAACUUUAUAUGGAAAAGCUUCAAGAACAUUUAAUCAAAGCAAAAGCAUUUACCAUAAAGAAGACUCUACAAAUAUACGUGCCCAUUAGACAGUUCUUCUACAACCUCAUCCAUCCAGACUACAGCGCUGUGACUGACGUGUAUGUGCUCAUGUUCCUGGCUGACACUGUGGACUUCAUCAUCAUCGUCUUUGGCUUUUGGGCCUUUGGGAAACACUCUGCAGCUGCAGAUAUCACCUCGUCACUGUCGGAGGACCAGGUCCCUGGGCCGUUUCUGGUGAUGGUCCUCAUUCAGUUUGGGACCAUGGUGGUGGACCGAGCACUCUACCUCAGGAAGACUGUCUUGGGAAAGGUCAUCUUCCAGGUCAUUCUUGUGUUUGGAAUUCACUUCUGGAUGUUCUUCAUCUUACCUGGUGUGACUGAGAGGAAAUUCAGUCAGAACCUGGUUGCUCAGCUUUGGUACUUUGUGAAAUGUGUUUACUUUGGGUUGUCUGCCUACCAAAUCCGUUGUGGCUACCCAACGCGAGUCCUUGGAAACUUCCUCACAAAGAGCUACAAUUAUGUCAACCUCUUCUUGUUUCAAGGGUUCCGCCUCGUUCCCUUUCUGACUGAGCUGAGGGCAGUGAUGGACUGGGUGUGGACAGACACAACCUUGAGCCUCUCCAGCUGGAUCUGUGUGGAGGACAUUUAUGCUCACAUAUUCAUCCUGAAGUGCUGGCGGGAGUCAGAAAAGAGAUACCCUCAGCCCCGGGGCCAGAAGAAGAAGAAGGUGGUGAAGUACGGCAUGGGUGGCAUGAUCAUUGUGCUACUCAUCUGCAUCGUCUGGUUCCCGCUUCUCUUCAUGUCACUGAUCAAGUCUGUCGCUGGGGUUAUCAACCAGCCCCUGGACGUCUCCGUCACCAUCACCCUGGGAGGCUAUCAGCCUAUUUUCACAAUGAGCGCCCAGCAAAGCCAGUUGAAAGUUAUGGACCAGCCAAAGUAUAAUGCAUUUAUAAAAACUUUUUCCAGGGAUACUGGUGCUAUGCAAUUUCUGGAAAAUUAUGAGAAAGAAGACAUAACAGUAGCAGAACUGGAAGGAAACUCGAAUUCUUUAUGGACCAUCAGCCCUCCCAGUAAGCGGAAAAUGAUACAGGAACUCAUGGACUCCAAUAGUAGCUUCUCUGUUGUUUUUUCAUGGAGUAUUCAGAGAAACAUGAGUCUUGGUGCAAAAGCAGAAAUAGCAACAGAUAAGCUUUCGUUUCCUCUUAAAAAUGUUACUCGAGAGAAUAUAGCUAAAAUGAUAGCUGGCGACAACACAGAAAGUUCGAGAACGCCAGUGACAAUAGAAAAGAUCUACCCAUAUUAUGUGAAAGCACCUAGUGAUUCCAACUCAAAACCUAUAAAGCAACUUUUAUCUGAAAAUAAUUUCAUGAAUAUCACCAUCAUUUUGUCCAGAGACAAUACAACUAAAUCUAACAGCGAGUGGUGGGUUCUCAACCUGACUGGAAAUAGAAUAUACAAUCAGCAUUCUCAGGCCUUGGAACUGGUGGUCUUCAAUGACAAAGUCAGUCCCCCAAGUCUGGGGUUCCUGGCUGGCUAUGGUAUCAUGGGAUUAUAUGCUUCAGUUGUCCUUGUGAUUGGGAAAUUUGUGCGUGAAUUCUUCAGUGGGAUUUCUCACUCCAUCAUGUUUGAAGAACUCCCAAACGUGGAUCGAAUUUUGAAGUUGUGCACAGAUAUUUUUCUAGUCCGAGAGACAGGGGAACUGGAACUGGAAGAAGAUCUCUAUGCCAAAUUAAUAUUCCUGUACCGCUCACCAGAAACAAUGAUCAAAUGGACUAGAGAAAAAACAAAUUAA